AUGGCGGAAGCCCACACCAAGAGCCCCUUCUCACGCACCCUCCCUGAACGCCUCCGCGCAAAACCCAAACACAAGAACAUCCAGAAGGCGAGAUUAAAGCACGGCUCCCGGCCUGCUUCCCCUCCCCCGCCGCCAUUUUCCGUCCUCCCGCCCCCGCAAGACGCGGCCUCCUCCCCCUUCCUCACCCGCUUCUUCGCCCUCCCCACCGAAAUCCGCCUGCAAAUCUACCGCCUCCUCCUUGUCCGCCCCUGCAAAUUCGACCUCACCCACAAAUUCGGCUGCCACACUGGUAUCGUCGGGUUUCCCGCGGCCAUCUUCGAUGAUCUUUAUUACAUGCCGACAUUCCGCUGCGCCGAUUGCGCCACGUGGAGAUGGAGAACGCAGGAGACCGAGGAAGCACUUAGCACAGAUACGCCCGCGCGAAGCGCAUGGGCGCGUCCUAAGCGGAACCCCUACCUCUGUGACCGCUGCUACCCGGAAAUGCAGUACCGUCUCGGGCUGGAGAAGUGGCCGCACAUGAUGGAAUAUCUGCACUGCCUGUGUGCGCGACGCGAAAAUCUCGGCGUGCUGCUCAUCAACCGACGGAUUUACGACGAGGCGUGGCCGAUCUUCUGGGCGGAGAAUACAUUCGCGUUCGAGAGCGGGCGGCUCAUUGUUGAUUUCCUCGAGGAGAUUCCCGAGGAGAAGAGGGCGAGGAUUCGAUCGAUUGCCUUGCUCUCGCCGAAACAGCAGCCGAUGGGUACCGAAGAGGAGGAAUUGCGAGACUGCUGGCCGCUACUACGCGCGUGCACGGGGCUACGAGAAUUAGAGCUUGAUGCUGGCCUGCUGAAUAGCAGAGACUUUGUCCGGGAGCUGCGAACGCUCCGGGCUGGGAAGGUGCGGUUCAUCGAAAAGUCCAAGCAUAUCGGGUUCGACUCGUAUGACCAGGGCUAUCGCGAGCGGAAGGUGACCCCCUGGCUUGCGUAUCGGCGCGAGUAUACGGAUGAGCUUUCGGAGCUCCUGGUAACGAGUAUGACGCAGGAGGUCGUUGAUGAGGAGCCGAUCGGCCGGGCUUGGGGGAAACGGCCCCGGAUAAUGCCCGAUGAGGAGGAUUGA